AUGGAUGGUGCACAUUUGAAGGGUGAUUUUAAGGGAACCAUAUUGCAUGCAAUAGCUAUGGAUGGGAACAACCAGAUACUGCCCCUUGCGCACGGAAUAUGCAAAAAAGAUAGUGGUCUUACUUGGACAUGGUUUCUUGAAAAGUUGUACGAAUGUGUUGGUGAUUGUCAAGAAUUGACUUUUGUAACUGAUAGGGCCGAUGCAAUUCGGGUUGGUAUUGAAAAUGUUUUCCUAUAUGCUCAUCAUGGCUUGUGUGCUUUUUAUCUACUAGGAAACAUAGUACACAGGUUUGGGAAUAAUGAUAAAACAAAGGUGUUGUUUUGGAGGCUUGUGAAAGCUUACAAAAGAAAUGUUUUUGAAGAACUGUGUGCAGAGUCCAUGAAUGAUUUAUCUGUAGAUGCAAGGAAGAUGCCUAUAACACCCCUUCUUGAGUUCUUCCGUCGUCUUUCACAGGAAUGGUGGAAACGUUCAACAGUGCUAACUGAGUGGGCUGAAAAAGUAGUUAGUAAAAAUGAAGAGUGUACGACAGGAUGGUCCGUUUCUGGUGUUUCAGAUGCAAUAUAUCAAGUUCAUGAUUUCAAACAUGGUGGCAUAGUUGAUCUGAUGCAAGAGACUUAUGCUUACAAAAUGGAAACGUACCGAAGUACGUAUGAGGAGCCGGUUUACCCCCUUCCAGAAUCGUUUGAUUGGGAGAUUCCUGCUGAGAUGAAGGUUGUUAAACCCUUGAUAAUGGAUACACGUCAAGCUGGUAGACCGAGAAACAUAAAUUGUAUCCCGUCACAAGGUGAGGAACCUAUAGUAAAAAGGUGUAGUAGAUGUGAUAGUACAACACAUAAUGCAGCGACUUGUCCGACAUUGGUCCCAAAGAAACAAAAAAGACUACAAAAAGUAGUGCAACAUCUGGUAGUAACACAAAAGGGAAAGGGAAAGGGACAGAAGGGACUCAGGAGAUGCUAG